CAUCCAGUCACUGAUUUCCACUCGGAGAUCGACUGUUUUUCCUGUGACGGCACGACCAGGCUAGGAAAUCGAGCAAAGAGGCCGGCAAAGACAGAGGCAGGUUACGCUAGCUGGAGCAAAUAUGUUUCGCAAUCAGUACGACAACGAUGUGACUGUAUGGAGCCCACAGGGUCGUAUUCAUCAAAUAGAGUAUGCCAUGGAGGCUGUGAAACAAGGCUCUGCUACUGUUGGACUCAAAUCCAGAACACAAGCAGUCCUGGUUGCGCUAAAGAGAGCUCAGUCAGAGCUGGCCGCCCACCAGAAGAAGAUACUCCAUGUUGACAACCACAUUGGCAUCUCAAUCGCUGGACUGACUGCAGACGCCAGGCUGCUAUGUAACUUCAUGCGUCAGGAGUGUUUGGACUCCAGGUUCGUCUUCGACCGCCCCCUCCCCACGUCACGACUUGUCCAUCUCGUCGGCAGCAAAACCCAAAUCCCAACACAGAGGUAUGGAAGGAGGCCCUACGGCGUUGGACUCCUCAUCGCUGGCUAUGAUGACAUGGGUCCUCACAUCUUCCAGACGUGUCCAUCAGCUAACUACUUUGACUGCAAAGCCAUGUCCAUCGGAGCACGCUCGCAGUCUGCUCGCACCUACCUGGAGAGAUGCAUGGACAAGUUUGCUGACUGUAAUCUGAAUGAGCUGGUCCAACACGGCCUCAGAGCCCUCAGAGAGACCCUCCCCACGGAGCAGGACCUAACCACCAAGAAUGUUUCCAUCGGCAUUGUGGGUAAGGACAUGGAGUUCACCAUUUAUGACGACGACGACGUGGCCCCCUUUCUGGAGGGCCUGGAGGAGAGGCCACAGAGAAGGGUGGCCCCGCCCGCUGAUGAUGACGCCCCUGCAGGUGCUGCCGACGAGCCCAUGGAACACUGAGGUGUCCCCGUCGUCAUUCCACCCAUCCCUGCCAAACAUUGACGCACUUCCUGUUUCUCAGACGUGCCACCUGAUGACAAAUUCUGCUAGCAUCAGUCAGUGCGAUGUUUGCUUUUGUAUGGCUCACAUGUCAAACCCGUCAACAAAUAAACUCCCUUUUUUCCAA